UUCUCACUCUCUCAAAAAGGCGAAGUGACAAAUUAUUGCAAAACAGAUGCGUGCAGUGUUUAAUUUGUGCCUGGUCUCGGUAGCAUCACUUUAGGACUCUGUCGUGAUAAGUAUGUCCAAAUCAGGUGCUUCAGCUGGCAAAAGAUUUCACAGUAGCCCCCAUCAUACUUUUCUCUCCUCCCCUGUCCCAUUGAAGAGGGGAAAUCCUUCCAACUGCAAACUUCCUGCUUUGCUGCCUUGAGAACUGUGAACUUUCUGCGUAUUGUCAUGAAAGAGGAAAUUCUUAAGUUGGCUGUGACAGGGAGAGUAAAAGCACAGAGAUUGGAGUGAAAUAAGAUCUACAGAGUAGCUUAUUUUCUCCAUAUGUUUAUCCGCAACAGAACCAUGAAAAAUGGCUUUUCUUCACCGAAUGAUCCAACGUGCUACUGCCAAAGAGGAUAAAAAUGUCACAGAAGAGACAGUUAAGAUGUUGUUUUCAAAUAUUGAAGAUAUUCUUGCAGUUCACAAAAACUUCCUGUCCCUGGUGGAGGAGUGUUUACAGCCAGAACCUAACGCACAGCAUGAAGUUGGAACCUGCUUUCUGAAUUAUAAAGAGAAAUUCCGUAUCUAUGAUGAAUACUGUAGUAACCAUGAGAAGGCACAGAAAGUUCUGCUUGACCUGAACAAAAUAAGAACAGUGCGGACUUUUCUUUUGAAUUGCAUGCUCCUCGGAGGACGCAAGAACACAGAUGUACCAUUGGAGGGAUACCUAGUAACACCAAUACAGAGAAUAUGCAAGUAUCCCCUUCUUUUGAAGGAAUUACUGAAGCGGACUCCAAGGAAGCACAGUGACUAUGCAGCCCUAAUGGAAGCCCUCCAGGCCAUGAAGGCUGUCUGUUCCAAUAUAAAUGAAGCCAAAAGACAAAUGGAAAAAUUAGAGUUUUUGGAAGAAUGGCAGUCUCAUGUUGAAGGAUGGGAGGGAUCUAACAUUACAGACACGUGCACAGAAAUGCUGCGAAGUGGACUACUACUCAAAAUUUCAGCAGGAAAUAUCCAAGAGAGGAUAUUUUUUCUUUUUGAUAACCUCUUGGUCUACUGCAAAAAAAAGCACAGGCGAUUGAAGAACAGCAAAACAUCUUCAGAUGGCCACCGUUACCUGUUUCGGGGCAGAAUAAACACAGAAGUGAUGGAAGUAGAGAAUGUAGAUGAUGGAACAGCUGACUACCACAGCAGUGGCCACACUGUUAUUAAUGGCUGGAAGAUCCACAACACGGCAAAGAAUAAGUGGUUUGUAUGCAUGGCAAAAACCCCUGAAGAGAAGCAAGAAUGGCUGGAAGCAAUUUUGAAAGAGCGAGAGAGGAGAAAAGGUUUAAAAUUGGGCAUGGAACAGGACACUUGGGUGAUGAUCUCUGAGCAAGGAGAAAGACUGUACAAAAUGAUGUGCAAACAAGGAAAUCUCAUCAAAGACAGGAAGAGGAAAUUAACCACUUUUCCCAAAUGCUUUCUUGGAAGUGAAUUUGUGUCCUGGUUGUUGGAAAUUGGAGAGAUACACAAAUCUGAAGAAGGUGUUCAUCUUGGCCAAGCUUUAUUAGAGAAUGGCAUUAUCCAUCAUGUUACAGAUAAGCACCAAUUCAAACCUGAACACAUGCUAUAUAGGUUCCGAUAUGAUGAUGGAACAUACUACCCCAGAAAUGAGAUGCAGGAUGUGAUCUCCAAGGGUGUACGACUGUACUGUCGCCUUCACAGUCUGUUUACCCCAGUAAUUAGGGAUAAAGAUUAUCACUUGAGAACCUACAAAUCUGUGGUUAUGGCUAACAAAUUCAUAGAUUGGUUGAUUGCACAGGCAAAUUGCCGGACGAGGGAGGAAGCUAUGAUAUUUGGUGUAGCUCUUUGUGAUAAUGGGUUUAUGCACCAUGUCUUAGAGAAAAGUGAAUUUAAGGAUGAACCACUGCUGUUCCGUUUUUAUGCGGAUGAAGAAAUGGAAGGAUCAAAUAUGAAGCACAGACUCAUGAAACAUGAUCUGAAAGUAGUGGAAAAUGUCAUAGCCAAGUCAUUACUGAUUAAAUCUAAUGAAGGCACUUAUGGUUUUGGUUUAGAAGAUAAAAAUAAGGUGCCAAUUAUUAAAGUGGUGGAGAAAGGAUCAAAUGCUGAGAUGGCAGGCUUGGAAGUUGGGAAGAAAAUCUUUGCCAUUAAUGGUGACCUGGUUUUUCUGCGACCCUUCAGUGAAGUGGAUUGCUUCCUGAAAGCCUGUUUAAACAGCAGAAAGCCCCUGCGGGUUCUUGUGAGCACUAAACCACGGGAGACAGUGAAGAUUCCUGACUCUGCAGAUGGACUUGGAUUCCAAAUCCGGGGCUUUGGCCCAUCAGUUGUCCAUGCUGUUGGGAGAGGAACGGUGGCAGCUGCAGCAGGUCUCCAUCCUGGCCAGUGCAUAAUCAAAGUGAAUGGAAUUAAUGUCAGCAAAGAGACUCAUGCAAGUGUUAUUGCUCAUGUCACAGCGUGCAGGAAGUACAGGCGGCCAAUGCAGCAAGAUUCUAUACAGUGGGUUUACAACAGCAUUGAAAGUGCACAGGAGGAUCUUCAGAAAACAAACACCAAACCCUCUGGAGAUGAUGGAGGCGAUGCUUUUGACUGCAAAGUGGAAGAGGUAAUUGACAAAUUUAACACUAUGGCAAUAAUUGAUGGGAAGAAAGAUCAUGUCAGUCUGACUGUUGACAAUGUUCACCUGGAGUAUGGAGUGGUUUAUGAGUAUGACAGCACAGCUGGAAUAAAGUGCCACGUCUUGGAAAAAAUGAUUGAACCAAAGGGAUUUUUUAGCUUGACUGCAAAGAUUCUUGAAGCACUGGCAAAAAGUGAUGAACAUUUUGUGCAGAAUUGCAACAGCCUCAAUUCCUUAAAUGAAGUGAUCCCCACCGAGCUUCAAAGUAAAUUCAGUGUCAUUUGCAGUGAGAAAAUUGAGCAUAUUUACAGAAGAAUCUCUAGUUAUAAAAAGUUUUCAAGAGUAUUAAAAAACAGAGCUUGGCCUACCUUCAAACAAGCUAAGUCAAAGAUUUCACCACUUCACAGCAGUGACUUCUGUCCAACCAAUUGCCAUAUCAAUGUGAUGGAAGUGUCUUACCCUAAGACCUCAACUUCCCUUGGUAGUGCCUUUGGUGUACAGUUAGACAGCAGAAAACAUUCUUCCCAUGAAAAGGAAAAUAAAAACACUGAUCAAGGUAAACUGAAUCCCAUGAUUUACGUCCAGCAUACCAUUACUACUAUGGCUGCCCCUUCAGGACAGUCUCUUGGCCAGCAAGAGGGCCACGGUCUGAGGUACCUCUUAAAAGAAGAAGAUUUAGAAACACAAGAUGUCUAUCAAAAAUUGCUAUUCAAAUUACAAGCUGCACUGAAAGAGGUGGAAACAUGUGUCUGUCAAAUAGAUGACCUUCUUUCUUCGAUAACAUAUUCUCCCAAAUCAGAACGUAAAACGCCUGAGCCCUUAAUACCAGCAGACAGUGACAAUGAAAAGGGUGAAAGGAACGGGAAAAAAGUCUGUUUCAGUGUGACAGGUGAUGAACAGGAAGAUUCUGGUCAUGAUACCAUCAGUAACAGGGAUUCUUACAGCGAUUGCAACAGCAAUAGGAACUCCAUUGCCUCUUUCACCAGCAUUUGUAGCAGUCAGUGCAGUUCUUAUUUUCACAGUGAUGAAAUGGAUUCAGGCGAUGAGCUUCCCAUAAGUGUUCGAAUCUCCCAUGAUAAACAGGACAAGCUCCAUAGCUGCUUGGAGCAUCUUUUUGGUCAAGUUGAUUCAAUUGUCAGUCUUCUGAAAGGACCAGCUGUGAUGAGGGCCUUUGAACAGACAAAAUACUUUACACCAGGUCGAGGCCUCCAAGAGUUUCAGCAGGAAAUGGAACCAAAGCUUAACUGUCCAAAGAGGCUACGACUCCACAUCAAGCAAGACCCUUGGAACCUUCCCAGCAGCGUCCGGAGUCUUGCCCAGAAUAUCAGAAAAUUUGUUGAAGAGGUGAAGGCACGAAUACUCUUGGCACUUCUUGAGUAUACAGAUAGCGAGAUACAACUGAGGCGAGACAUGGUCUUCUGUCAGAGCCUAGUGGCCACAGUCUGUGCAUUUUCAGAGCAGCUAAUGGUGGCCUUAAAUCAGAUGUACGACAACAACAAAGAAUAUGAAAUGGAGACGCUGGAGGCCAGCAGAAGGUGGUUGGAACAGAUAGCCAGUGCAGGUCUUCUCCUUCAUUUUCAGUCCCUGCUCUCGCCAAACCUGGCUGAUGAGCAAGCCAUGCUAGAAGAUACAUUGGUUGCAUUGUUUGACUUGGAAAAAGUUACUUUUUACUUCAGACAAUCAGAGCCAGAACCAUUAUUUGCGAAUGUACCAAUCACGUACCAAGCAGAAGGAAGCCGGCAAACACUGAAGGUUUACUUCUACCUUGAUAGUUACCAUUUUGAACAGCUUCCUCAAAGGCUGAAGAAUGGAGGGGGAUUUAAAAUCCAUCCAGUACUUUUUUCACAAGCACUGGAGAGCAUGGAAGGAUACUAUUACAGAGACAGUGUCUCAGUAGAAGAAUUUCAAGCUCAGAUUAAUGCAGCCUCACUAGAAAAAGUCAAGCAGUAUAACCAGAAACUACGGGCAUUCUACCUGGACAAGUCAAACUUGCCUCCAAAUUCAACAUCUAAAGCAGCAUACAUAGAUAAGCUGAUGAGGCCUCUCAAUUGCUUGGAUGAACUUUACCGACUCAUAGGGUCCUUUAUCCGAUCCAAGCGCACCGCCGCCUGUGCAUACACUGCGUGCAGUGCUUCUGGAGUGGGAUUGCUUUCCGUGUCAUCUGAACUCUGUAGCAGGCUUGGAGCUUGUCACAUCAUUAUGUGCAACAGUGGAGUUCACCGCUGCACUCUGAGCGUUACCCUGGAGCAGGCCAUCAUCCUGGCUCGGAGCCAUGGGCUACCUCCUCGCUACAUCAUGCAAGCUACAGACGUCAUGCGCAAACAGGGCGCAAGAGUACAAAACACAGCCAAGAAUUUAGGAGUGAGGGAUCGAACGCCACAGUCUGUGCCAAGAUUAUACAAGCUAUGCCAGCCACCACCAGCUGUUGGAGAAGAAUGAGGAGAACUGCUCCAGAAAACAAUCCAAUAAUGGCCUUUAGGAUACUGGGACUGUAUGACAAAAAUCCAACUGCACUAUAACAGUAUGUCCCUAGGGUUUUGAUAAAUAAAUAAAAAAAACCCAUCAACCUUUUACUCAGGAUAAAGAAAGAAAUACCCUAAAUAUUCUCCAUUGGUAUUGAAAAAUGUCUUCCAAAAAGCAUUUCUGAAAUCUGUGCACUCCAGCCUUACACUAGUAGAUCAGGAAUCUUCCUUGGGAAUUUUACACUGGAAUCAGAUUAAUUUGAUGCAUCUUGUUCAGCCACAUUAUAGGUAUACCCAGCAGCUUGAAAACAAAUGUCUUUUUCAGAGGGAAUGUUUUCACUUGUACACUAUACAGAAUGCAUUCUUGUGGAAGGAAUAAAAGCCUACAUAAACUAGGCUUGAUAAUGAGCAUGCACUUCAUAUAUGGGGCCCUUUGCACUUGAUAACUCCUUUUUUCCUGUCACUGUCCUAAUUUCUCAGAAUGUUCAUGUUACUGUUUCAAGGAUAUAAUGUAAAUGAGGUUUAAAGAUGGAAAACUCAUCUCAGAAUUGUGUUUAAUGGCUGCAGGCAGACUGCUGCUGUGUGUGCUUGUAAUCAGUAAACUCAGCCAUAUUUGAAGCAGUGCAUUGUCACACUGCUUUGGAAGGAGGACCUGUAGAUUAGAAAGAGUACCUAUAUAGCCUGUGAGGUGAAGUUCUGCCCUUUUACAGUUGCCAUUAUAACGAAGGAGAAGAAUAAGUCUGACUUUCACCCACUGUUAGGCUGAAUUUCAGACUCUGUCUAGUGGAUAUUUUACAUUAUUGCUUCUCUUCAUUUCAGAGUUUUUCAGAUUUUUUAUAAUUUUCUAUAGCACUACACUAGCAAAUUUACAUAAGGCAGGGAUGAGUCAGUAUUGUUAUGUUUAACUGGAUAUGUCUGUGGUUUAAGUUGAAGUAUAGUUCAGGGUUUUGAUGUUUUAUGCUACCAUUUCCCAUAUUUUGUCAGAAUUGUUUUGUAUAGCAUUUCAGUUCUUUGGAGUGGUAGUUGUUAUAAAUUUAUUUUGAAAGUGUUCUGGCUGUUUAGAGAGCCCAGGGAAAAUUUAUCUGCAUUUGGCUGUUCUUUAGGCCAAAGAAUUUUGAGAGAAAAUGCCCCAAAAUGAGGUUUAAAUGUGAACACAUUAGAACAAAAAUUGUAUUCUGAAAUAGUUCUACUUGUAGCAGUAGCUAUGCAUUCCAUAAGACCAAGACACAUACUGUAUGAAUAAAAAUUAUUUUUUGUACAACAGAGGUCUAUAGUUAUGCUGUAACAAUCACACUUCACAACGUAAUUAUUGCAUAUGAUCUAAUUAUUUAUGAAAUCUUCAACAAAUAUAUUAAUCCACAAUUAAAUAAGUGAGAACUCAAAAGGAUCUGUAUUCUUGCAGAGAGUGGGGUUUUUAUAUGGGAUAUUUAGGGAACUUGUUAUUUUUCUCCAAAGGAGGAAUUAGGGCUCCUACCUUUUUCAGUAUUAUAAAUGUUUUUACACAGACUUUAACUUUGCUAAGAAAAUAAAUAUUUUUAUAUAUCCACAGAUAUAUAUGUCAGUGCAUAUAUAUUGCAUUUCAAUGUGUAUAUAUUUAUGUAGUCAUAUCAGUACUGGUUUUACCUUAAAUAUAGAAUGUUUGCCUUAAACUGUGACAAAGACAUGCAGUAAUGAACACUCCAGUAACAACUUCACCUUUGUGCUUUGAAGUUUACUCUUUCAUAGUUAUUGGAAGCUAUUGGACUAUAAUCUUUUUAAUUAAAAAAACAUAAUACACAAAACAAACACCAAAAUUCAAAUCGGAAAACAAAGUUUUAAUUUUAGAGAUUAUAUUUCUUGUUUGGCAUGACCUAAUGUUUGUACAUUGUUGCUGUUCUAGUCAGGAUCUCAUAUUUGAGAUGUGUUUUAUUCAGAGCAGCAGUAUUGGCUACAGUAAUUCCUGCUCCAGGCAAAACCACCAGUAAUGUUUCAGCUUCAGGCAUCAAAAGCACAGAGAAGCUGUAACUGCCUCAUGCCAAAAGUGUGCCGGUGUCAGCCCAGCUGGGAGCUCCCAUCUUCCUGUGAGACUUGCCCACAUGAGGUUAGAUUUACUAUGAGAGAAGUCAGCUGUCAGCUACAUGGAGCUGCUAAUCUUGUGUGAUAGAAAAUAACCUAGCAAGCAGAAUCUGUUACAUGCAUAUGCAUUACUGUAAUUAGUCAUCACUUUUUUAUAAAGCACUGAAAAUGGUAGGAGUGCAAAUAUUCCAAAAUAGUCUCCCUGUAUAAUAUGAUAAUUCCCUAUUUUGUUUUGUUGUGGAAAGCAUGGAAUAAUAGACAUUUGUAUGGGACAGAUAGUUACAAACUAGUCCCUGGAACAAAUUCUUUAGAUCCUAUUUCAUGAGUGUGCAUCAGAAACCUUGACUUCUUGUUUUUCUAUCUAAUUUUUGGUUCUUUAUUCUUUUUUGCCCUUUCUAGAAACAGUUUUCAAAACUGUAUUCAGCAUUAUGAGCUUUUUUGGUGACCCAUUCUGCAAAGUAAAGUAUCUAUUUAGCAUGGUAUUGAGGAGCUGAGAAACUUAAGUCCUGGUUUUCUGGGAUUACAGGUAGCACAUGAAAAUACACUUUCACAAAAUUACACAGAAUCACAGAAUCAAUUGGGUUGGAAAAGACCUCAGAUCAUUAAAUCCAACCUAUUUCCAGAGUAAAUGGGGCAUAAAUGUCCCGCCGACUGUCUAAUAAGAGUGCCUGAUUUCUCAAAAUGUUCUUCAAAAGCCCAUAUUUGGUUGAAACAUUGUGCAGCUCUCCAAACUGCUUUUCUUGUCCCUCUGUUUUCAGAGCACACUGCACGUUCUAACACACUGACUUUAAUAACAUUAUUUGGACCUUUAAUAAGCCCAUUCUUAAAUUAUAAAUUUACAUAUACUCAUUAUUAAAGCUGUUUAUCUUCUUUGGUAUAUGUAGAGGAUGUAUUGUUCUUUAUACAAGGUACACUUGCAGAGUAAAAAAAAAAUCUAUUCUCAUCACAGUAUGUUUAUCCUCUCAUAAAUUUUUAAACUUCCGGUGACAAGAAGAGAUGACCAAGAGUGAUGAUUUACAAGCAGUGUAUCACCUAUUGCUUCUUAAAUCUUUGCUUUGACAGAAACAGGUUAUGCAGCCUAUUUUUACAACAAUGUGCUGUACUGUUUUAGGGAAAGCAUUCUGUAUGUAAUUUUUACUUUUGCUUCCAAGACAAGUGGAAUUCUUCCAGAAAUAUAUUGAAGGAUCAAGAGGCAUAUAUUACCAAAUACCACCAUAAUUCAGUGCUAGUCUGUGGGUGAUGUAUAAGAGAUUUAACAACUGGGAAGGGAGGGUUACAGUCCAAGGAACAGCUGAGUUGCCAUAGAGUUCUUUUGGUUUUUGGACUGGUUUAUAUUUGUUUAUUUGAACGAAGUCAAUAGUAGUCAGAACUUCUCUUCUACUGGUUUAGAGCCAAAACAAUUAAACCAUACUCAACAAGGAUUUAUAGUAAUCAUAUUUAAUUUCAUUUGUUGGAAUCCUUUAAUGGAAAAAAAAAUGAACCAUUUUUAUUGAUCUGUUUUUAACCUGAGAAAUUCACAAGCAAAACAUGUUUUAUUAAUUCAUUGUCAGAUGUAGUGUGUAUAUAUAUAUAUAAAUAUAUAAAUAAUUUAAGACAAUUGCCUGAAUGUGAGUAUACACAUCAUGGUUAAGCAUGAUACUCAAAAAAGAACAGUGUCUUUCAUUUAUUUUCAUCAGUAACUGUAGUAUAUAUAUACAUAUUGUUCCAUACUCUUUAUUUUACAGCUCCUUCAUGGAUAUGUCUACCAGCAUUUUACGCAUAUUUUGCACCAUUUUUGUUUAACAUUAUGAAAAGUGCUAAUGCAUUGCCUUAAGUAUUUUAUCUCUGUACUUGUUGAUAAAUGCAGGUAGUGCUUUUCUAAUUGUACUCCAACAGUACCCUGGCAUUGAUAAAUUAGAUGUGCAGCACAUACCUGACUCAGGAUACUUGUAUUUUUCAGCAUUAGGUUUUGAAGUAUAAAAAGAUGCUGCACUCAUAUUUUUGUAUGCUGACAAUUGUGUAGGGUUUCUUUUUAUGUACUGUAUAUAUAAACCAAGCUUUCCUAAAGAAAAUUUAUUAUUUUGAAUGUUUCCCAUUUUCUACUAGAAGAUGUGGGUUUAUGUUUCUUGUUCAGUAUGUAUAAAUGAAUAUGCAGCGUACACAGUCAUGCAGAUGUUAAUACCAUUGAGAAAUUUCAGAUUGUCCAGAGGCUAAUCAAGUUUUUUUCUUAUAUUCUUCUCCAAAAAUAACAUCUCCAUGUUAGAAAUCUAAUUUAGAAGUAACUACUUCAGUUUAAAGUCCAACUGAGUGUUCAAAGUAGCUAGGACAUUUAUGCAAGCACUGAGAUUUGGACUUUCAGGGGAAUAUCUGUGACAUCUGUGGUUGUGUGUGUGUCCUAUCUGCAGUAACAUACGCCAGAUUUAAAAGACUAAGCAGCCUUAUUAACUUCUUAACACCCUGUAUAUAGUGUAUGUAUUUGGUUAUACUUGUGUUAUACUUUAAAAAUGUACUUAAUUUCUGCAUUGAGUAUUGCACACCUUUUUCAAAUGGAGAAUAUAUUUUGUAAUGUCUCAUUAAGCACAAGAGAGCAUUACUGCUUUGAAGCAUUAUGUGUAAGUACAGCCACACACAGAAUGUCUCAGUCAGCUUUUGUUUGAAAACAAUCAAACUAGCAGCUCUGUGGGUAGUUGAGAUUGUUAGAAGUAACCUUUGGAAUUAAAUAACCUUGAAACAUGGAUUUAAAUUACAUUUUCUUUAUUUGUAAAGUGCCUCUGUAGCAUAUUUUGAAUCAGUUGCUAUAUUGAUUAUGGGUAAAACUAAUACUGUGUACUUUUAGAUCUGUGCUUUAUUUUUUUAGUUACAUAGGCAAGACUGGAACGGUAAUAAAUGCCAGACAGAAAUAAACCAUUCAUAAUAUGGCCA